AUGCAAUUCCAACGGUAUGCAGCGUUCCAAGUACUAUCAUGCCACAAAAUUGGAAUUCAUGGAGAUGACAAUUGGGCCGUCAGCGAAUCAGCAAAAAGAAGCUCCGAAAGAGGGUGCGGAACAAGCAAAGCCUCCCGAUCAGCAGAAAGAGGCUGGGCUGCACCAGCUCAACAACAAGGAGGAGCAGAGCCCGCGAAAGAACCAGGCGAUCAGGAUAAGGAAGCAGAGGUGGAGCCCGGUCAAUCGCAAGCAGCUCCUGCAGCUGCAGAUAAGGCAGCCGAGCAACCGAAAGAAGGAGCAGCGCCUCCAGCAGAACAGCAGAAAGAGCCAUCAGCUCAGCCACAGGAAGCUCCUCAGGGUGAUAAGCCAAAAGAGGAACCUGCUCCAGCUGAUCAACAGAAAGAAGCUCCUAAGGAAGGUGCUGAACAAGCCAAGCCAGCUGAAGGUGCUGAACAAGCCAAGCCAGCUGAAGGUGCUGAACAAGCCAAGCCAGCUGAAGGUGCUGAACAAGCCAAGCCAGCUGAAGGUGCUGAACAAGCCAAGCCAGCUGAAGGUGCUGAACAAGCCAAGCCAGCCGAAGCUGCUGCUGCACCAGUUCAACAAGAAGGAGGAGCAGAACCUCCGAAAGAACCGAACAACACAAAAAGCCCGGAAGAAGGGACGGAAAUCAGGAUGAGACAGGGAAAGAGAAAGAAGGAGCAGCACCUCCAGCAGAACAGCAGAAAGAGCCAUCAGCUCAACCACAGGAAGCUCCUCAGGGUGAUAAGCCAAAAGAGGAACCUGCUCCAGCUGAUCAACAGAAAGAAGCUCCUAAGGAAGGUGCUGAACAAGCCAAGCCAGCUGAAGGUGCUGAACAAGCCAAGCCAGCUGAAGGUGCUGAACAAGCCAAGCCAGCUGAAGGUGCUGAACAAGCCAAGCCAGCUGAAGGUGCUGAACAAGCCAAGCCAGCUGAAGGUGCUGAACAAGCCAAGCCAGCUGAAGGUGCUGAACAAGCCAAGCCAGCUGAAGGUGCUGAACAAGCCAAGCCAGCUGAAGGUGCUGAACAAGCCAAGCCAGCUGAAGGUGCUGAACAAGCCCAAGCCAGCCGAAGCUGCUGCUGCACCAGCCCAACAACAAGGAGGAGCAGAGCCCGCGAAAGAACCAGGCGAUCAGGAUAAGGAAGCAGAGGUGGAGCCCGGUCAAUCGCAAGCAGCUCCUGCAGCUGCAGAUAAGGCAGCCGAGCAACCGAAAGAAGGAGCAGCGCCUCCAGCAGAACAGCAGAAAGAGCCAUCAGCUCAACCACAGGAAGCUCCUCAGGGUGAUAAGCCAAAAGAGGAACCUGCUCCAGCUGAUCAACAGAAAGAAGCUCCUAAGGAAGGUGCUGAACAAGCCAAGCCAGCUGAAGGUGCUGAACAAGCCAAGCCAGCUGAAGGUGCUGAACAAGCCAAGCCAGCUGAAGGUGCUGAACAAGCCAAGCCAGCUGAAGGUGCUGAACAAGCCAAGCCAGCUGAAGGUGCUGAACAAGCCAAGCCAGCUGAAGGUGCUGAACAAGCCAAGCCAGCUGAAGGUGCUGAACAAGCCAAGCCAGCUGAAGCCCAGCUGAAGGUGCUGAACAAGCCAAGCCAGCUGAAGGUGCCUGAACAAGCCAAGCCAGCCGAAGCUGCUGCUGCACCAGCCCAACAACAAGGAGGAGCAGAGCCCGCGAAAGAACCAGGCGAUCAGGAUAAGGAAGCAGAGGUGGAGCCCGGUCAAUCGCAAGCAGCUCCUGCAGCUGCAGAUAAGGCAGCCGAGCAACCGAAAGAAGGAGCAGCGCCUCCAGCAGAACAGCAGAAAGAGCCAUCAGCUCAACCACAGGAAGCUCCUCAGGGUGAUAAGCCAAAAGAGGAACCUGCUCCAGCUGAUCAACAGAAGAAAGCUCCUAAGGAAGGUGCUGAACAAGCCAAGCCAGCUGAAGGUGCUGAACAAGCCAAGCCAGCUGAAGGUGCUGAACAAGCCAAGCCAGCUGAAGGUGCUGAACAAGCCAAGCCAGCUGAAGGUGCUGAACAAGCCAAGCCAGCUGAAGGUGCUGAACAAGCCAAGCCAGCUGAAGGUGCUGAACAAGCCAAGCCAGCUGAAGGUGCUGAACAAGCCAAGCCAGCUGAAGGUGCUGAACAAGCCAAGCCAGCUGAAGGUGCUGAACAAGCCAAGCCAGCUGAAGGUGCUGAACAAGCCAAGCCAGCUGAAGGUGCUGAACAAGCCAAGCCAGCUGAAGGUGCUGAACAAGCCAAGCCAGCCGAAGCUGCUGCUGCACCAGCCCAACAACAAGGAGGAGCAGAGCCCGCGAAAGAACCAGGCGAUCAGGAUAAGGAAGCAGAGGGUGAUAAGCCAAAAGAGGAACCUGCUCCAGCUGAUCAACAGAAGGAAGCUCCUAAGGAAGGUGCUGAACAAGCCAAGCCAGCUGAAGGUGCUGAACAAGCCAAGCCAGCUGAAGGUGCUGAACAAGCCAAGCCAGCUGAAGGUGCUGAACAAGCCAAGCCAGCUGAAGGUGCUGAACAAGCCAAGCCAGCUGAAGGUGCUGAACAAGCCAAGCCAGCUGAAGGUGCUGAACAAGCCAAGCCAGCUGAAGGUGCUGAACAAGCCAAGCCAGCUGAAGGUGCUGAACAAGCCAAGCCAGCCGAAGCUGCUGCUGCACCAGCCCAACAACAAGGAGGAGCAGAGCCCGCGAAAGAACCAGGCGAUCAGGAUAAGGAAGCAGAGGUGGAGCCCGGUCAAUCGCAAGCAGCUCCUGCAGCUGCAGAUAAGGCAGCCGAGCAACCGAAAGAGGGAGCAGCGCCUCCAGCAGAACAGCAGAAAGAGCCAUCAGCUCAGCCACAGGAAGCUCCUCAGGGUGAUAAGCCAAAAGAGGAACCUGCUCCAGCUGAUCAACAGAAAGAAGCUCCUAAGGAAGGUGCUGAACAAGCCAAGCCAGCUGAAGGUGCUGAACAAGCCAAGCCAGCUGAAGGUGCUGAACAAGCCAAGCCAGCUGAAGGUGCUGAACAAGCCAAGCCAGCUGAAGGUGCUGAACAAGCCAAGCCAGCUGAAGGUGCUGAACAAGCCAAGCCAGCUGAAGGUGCUGAACAAGCCAAGCCAGCUGAAGGUGCUGAACAAGCCAAGCCAGCUGAAGGUGCUGAACAAGCCAAGCCAGCUGAAGGUGCUGAACAAGCCAAGCCAGCUGAAGGUGCUGAACAAGCCAAGCCAGCUGAAGGUGCUGAACAAGCCAAGCCAGCUGAAGGUGCCGAACAAGCCAAGCCAGCUGAAGGUGCUGAACAAGCCAAGCCAGCCGAAGCUGCUGCUGCACCAGCCCAACAACAAGGAGGAGCAGAGCCCGCGAAAGAACCAGGCGAUCAGGAUAAGGAAGCAGAGGUGGAGCCCGGUGCUGAACAAGCCAAGCCAGCUGAAGGUGCUGAACAAGCCAAGCCAGCUGAAGGUGCUGAACAAGCCAAGCCAGCUGAAGGUGCUGAACAAGCCAAGCCAGCUGAAGGUGCUGAACAAGCCAAGCCAGCUGAAGGUGCUGAACAAGCCAAGCCAGCUGAAGGUGCUGAACAAGCCAAGCCAGCUGAAGGUGCUGAACAAGCCAAGCCAGCUGAAGGUGCUGAACAAGCCAAGCCAGCUGAAGGUGCUGAACAAGCCAAGCCAGCUGAAGGUGCUGAACAAGCCAAGCCAGCUGAAGGUGCUGAACAAGCCAAGCCAGCUGAAGGUGCUGAACAAGCCAAGCCAGCCGAAGCUGCUGCUGCACCAGCCCAACAACAAGGAGGAGCAGAGCCCGCGAAAGAACCAGGCGAUCAGGAUAAGGAAGCAGAGGUGGAGCCCGGUCAAUCGCAAGCAGCUCCUGCAGCUGCAGAUAAGGCAGCCGAGCAACCGAAAGAGGGAGCAGCGCCUCCAGCAGAACAGCAGAAAGAGCCAUCAGCUCAGCCACAGGAAGCUCCUCAGGGUGAUAAGCCAAAAGAGGAACCUGCUCCAGCUGAUCAACAGAAAGAAGCUCCUAAGGAAGGUGCUGAACAAGCCAAGCCAGCUGAAGGUGCUGAACAAGCCAAGCCAGCUGAAGGUGCUGAACAAGCCAAGCCAGCUGAAGGUGCUGAACAAGCCAAGCCAGCUGAAGGUGCUGAACAAGCCAAGCCAGCUGAAGGUGCUGAACAAGCCAAGCCAGCCGAAGCUGCUGCUGCACCAGCCCAACAACAAGGAGGAGCAGAGCCCGCGAAAGAACCAGGCGAUCAGGAUAAGGAAGCAGAGGUGGAGCCCGGUCAAUCGCAAGCAGCUCCUGCAGCUGCAGAUAAGGCAGCCGAGCAACCGAAAGAGGGAGCAGCGCCUCAAGCUGAACAGCAGAAAGAGCCCUCGGCGCAGGAAGCUGCUGGGGCUGAUAAACCUAAGGAAGAAGCAGCUCCAGCUGAUAAGCCAAAAGAGGAACAAGCUCCACCAGGUGACCAACCUAAGGAAGCACCAAAAGAAGGUGGUGAACAACAAGGUCAGACAGCCGAACAGCAGAAGGAAGCUGCAGCUGCAACUGUACAACAACAAGCAGGAGGAGAGCCUGCAAAAGAGUCAGGUGACCAGGACAAAGAAUCACAGGUGGAACCUGGUCAAUCACAGGCAGUUUCUGCUCAAGCAGAUAAACCAAAGGAAGAAGCUGCAUCAGCUGAUAAACCGAAAGAGGAGUCAGCUCCACCGACUGAUCAACCUAAAGAAGCGCAAAAAGAUGCAACCGGCAGUUCAGAUCAACCACAAGCAGCAAGUGAGGCGCCUAAACAGUCAGGUGAUCAGGAUAAAGAAGCAGGAGUGGAACCAGGCCAGGCAGCGUCCGGCCAACCCGCUGAACAGCAGAAAGAGGCGUCGGGUGCGCCAUCGCAACCACAGGACCCUUCUGCGACACCAACCCAAUCACAAGAUGCUUCUUCAGCCCCAACACAGUCAACUGAGCAGCAACAGCCACAAGAACCACCCGCAGCUCAGUCUCCCAAGCAGGAAACGGCAGUGAGUUUUUUUACAAUUAAGUUUAACUGUGUCGAACAAGGUCAACCCAACAUUAGAAUAAAUAAGCCUGAUAUAGAAACUGAGCAUUUCACCAACUAUAAGGUCAAUCAGGUGAUUAUUCCUUAUGGAAGUUGA